UAAAAAUCACAGCCAAUGCCACCAAAUCGCCCGCAGCCUCUUUCAUAAUAAAAGAAAAUAAAUAAUCCUCUCUCAUAAUCUUCACCAUCGUCAUCAUCUUCAACGUUCUUCUUGGAUUCCGAUAGAUCGAUCGAUCGAUCCAUGGCGGACGCUAAACACUUCAAGUACAUCAUCCUCGGCGGCGGAGUCGCUGGGGGAUACGCAGCUCGGGAGUUUUCGAAGCUAGGUCUGAACCCAGGCGAGCUGGCAAUCAUAUCCAAGGAAGCGGUUGCUCCUUAUGAACGUCCAGCACUUAGCAAGGCAUACCUUUUCCCUCAAGGGGCUGCAAGACUUCCAGGUUUUCAUGUUUGUGUCGGUAGUGGGGGAGAGCGAUUACUUCCUGAAUGGUACACAGAAAAAGGUAUUGAGCUGAUUCUCAGUACCGAGAUUGUUAAAGUUGAUCUUGCCUCCAAGACUCUGACCAGUGCAUCCAGUACAAACUUCACUUAUGAUGUCUUGAUAAUUGCUACUGGCUCCACGGUGAUAAGACUAAGUGAUUUUGGUGUUCAAGGAGCAAAUGCAAACAAUAUAUUCUAUUUGAGAGAGAUCGAUGAUGCUGAUAAGCUUGUAGCAGCAAUACAAGCGAAGAAGGAUGGAAAAGCUGUUAUUGUUGGAGGAGGUUACAUUGGACUUGAAUGUGCCGCUGCUUUGAGAAUUAAUAAUCUUGAUGUCACGAUGGUGUAUCCUGAACCUUGGUGCAUGCCUCGGCUUUUCACUCCAGAAAUUGCUGCAUUCUAUGAGGGCUAUUAUGCCAACAAAGGAGUCAAAAUAAUUAAGGGAACAGUUGCUGUUGGAUUUGACUCUAAUUCUAAUGGGGAUGUGACAGCAGUGAAAUUGAAGGAUGGUAGGGUGCUUGAUGCCGAUAUUGUUGUUGUCGGUGUCGGUGCAAAACCACUUGUUACACUUUUCAAAGGCCAAGUUGAAGAGGAGAAAGGUGGAAUUAAGACCGAUGGAUUCUUCAAGACAAAUGUUUCUGGUGUUUAUGCUGUGGGUGAUGUCGCUACCUUUCCAAUGAAGAUGUACAACGAAAUAAGGAGAGUAGAGCACGUUGAUCAUUCCAGAAAAUCAGCUGAGCAAGCUGUGAAGGCAAUCAAGGCAAAUGAAGAAGGGAAAACAAUCGAGGAAUACGACUACCUUCCAUUCUUCUACUCUCGGUCGUUUGAUCUCUCAUGGCAGUUCUAUGGUGAUAAUGUGGGAGAUACAAUUCUUUUUGGUGACAGCGAUCCUGCAUCCGCUAAGCCUAAGUUUGGUAGUUAUUGGAUCAAAGAUAGUAAAAUCGUUGGGGCUUUCUUGGAAUCUGGGUCUCCUGAUGAAAACAAGGCGAUAGCCAAAGUAGCAAAGGUCCAGCCUCCGGUCCAGGACCUUGAACUACUGAAGAAGGAAGGUCUUGCUUUUGCCAGCAAGAUCUGAUGCGAAGUUAAUCUAAGUUCUGGUCUACGGUGACUUAGUAUGAACAUGAUUGAGAUUGAGUUUCUUAUACAUUCUGCAAUCACUAGAUUGAUUGAAACUCCUUGAAUAAAUAGAACUGCAGUGAGUAUAUUUUCUGA